AUGAAAAUUAUACUACUACUAUUAAUAUCACUAAUUUUGGUUGAAAGUCGGCCGCCGAAAAAAGAAAUUGAACCGAAAGAUCUUUGCGUGGAAUGUGUGCAAAAUGGCAAAGAAUGGUGUAAUUCGAAAGAUUCUUGCGAUGAAAUAUUCUGUCCCAGUGAGCAUUCCAUUAUGAAUAUUAUAAAUUGUCCAAAAGCUGAAGUUGAGGCCAGAUUUGCGUAUGAUGACGAAUUUAUAAGGAAAAAAAUUCUGAUUACCACUGCUGCUGUUUCUUCAGACAAUCCACAAAUUUGUUUUGAGUGAGUUGGAAGAAAAAAAAGAAGCAACAAUCAUUCGAUAAAAAUUAUUUCAUUGAAUUUCUGAAACAGUGAAAUUUUUUGUGAAAAAAAUUUUUUUGAACAAGAAUCAAAAAAUGUUUCUGAAAAUAAUUGUAACUGAAACUUUUGAAACGUAUUUUUUUUCUGAAGUACUUUUUAUAGCAUUUGGUUUUGUUGAACUCAGAAAUUGUUAUUUUUAAAUUUUAUUAAAUCUUACAUUAGUAUUUUUGAAGCUUUAGUUCCUCCAUUCAAAACAUCUAAUAAAUUGACGAAUUUCAAAUUUAAUCAACCAAUAUUCCAGCAAUCAAAUGCCAACAAUGAAACUAUUCAACACAUAUGAUGUAAAUUGUAGCACUUUACCUCCACAAACUUCAUGUUUCGCUUAUACAGCAAUAGAUGAAGAGCAAAAAGUGAUAGCAAUUGGUUUUCGUGGGACUCAAAAUAAUUUGCAGUUGGCCGAAGAAUUGGUGACCUAUUUUUACAAGUUAGUUUCCCUGACUUCAGAUCUAAAAUAAGAUAUCUAACUUCUGAUUUUUCUGCAGUGCUGAACGUCGUUUUUUCGACAUUGGCAACAUAUUUUCCUAUUUUUUCGACGCAUUUUUGUUCAUUUGGCAAGGUGGAUUGGAGCAGGAUAUUCAGGAGAUUUUGCGAAAAUAUCCGAAAUUCGAAAUUUGGGUGAAUGGACAUUCGAUGGGCGGAGCAUUGGCAUCAGUCGCCGCUUCUUAUAUGGUUCAUGAGAAAUUGAUGAAACCGGAUAAUGUGAAAUUGAUUACAAUGGGACAACCGAGGACUGGAGAUUAUGAUUAUGCACUUUGGCAUGAUAAUACGGUAAGGAGGAUUUUUAAUUCUAGAACUCGCUUUCAAAAUUGAGAAGUAAAAUUCAAAUGUUCUAGUAGUAUUCUAAGUAAGCGCAAAUUAGUAGUUAUAACGUGGAUUUUUUGUGUCAAACUUCUGUAAAUGCUCCUUUUUUCCAGUUUCCCUACUCUUACCGAAUCGUUCACAAUCGAGAUAUAAUUGCUCAUGUUCCUCCACAAAUUGGUCCCGGAUACAAUCUACAUCAUCAUCGAACUGAAAUCUGGUAUCCGAAUGAUAUGGAAAUCGGUGCCGAAUUUCAUAAAUGCACAAGUUCUGAUGGAUAUUACUGUAGUGCUACACUGGAUUUCAAUUUGACUUAUAAUGAUCACGGAUUAUAUUUUGUGAAAGAAAUGCCUGCUUGGGGAGGGGCUGGAUGUCCGAGUUUUUGGAUAUCGUAA